CAAGUCCUGUGUUUUAGUACCAGUCCUUGCGAUCUGCGGUCAUUUAGCAUCAAGAAAGACUUCUGUGAAGAUCUGGAGAUGCUGCUCACAAACAGUGAUCCAUUCAACUGUAGAGACGUCUUCCAUCUGGUAUAAUAGAAUGAUUCCAACUUUCCGUGUUGGUUGAUUAAAGUUUUUUAAAAACAAUGUUUGAAUCGUCCUGGUUUUUCUGGUAUCCCAAGGACUAAUUCUAGAGUUGGUGUUACAGAGCAUGCAGAGAAGUCUGUUCUUCCUGUGGUGAAUACUUCUUGAAAAGAUCACUAAUAGGAUUAGAGAGAAACUCUAUGGGUAACACUUGUUCUUGGGAAAUUAUUGGUCAACCAUGGUAAAACUUGCUAACCCACUUUACACUGAGUGGAUUCUUGAAGCUAUACAAAAAGUUAAAAGGCAGAAGCAGAGGCCAUCUGAAGAGAGAAUUUGUCAUGCUGUCUGUGCAUCCCAUGGAUUAGAUAAGAAGACUGUUUCUGAACAGUUGGAACUAAGUGUUCAAGAUGGUUCUAUUCUCAAAGUUAACAACAAAGGCCUUGCGUCCUUCAAGGACCCAGAUAAUCCUGGGCGGUUUUCAUCUGUUAAAUCAGGUGACUUUCCUAAACCUACUAAAGGGUCUAAGGUAACCUGUAAUGAACUUCGGAAUGUGGAUUGGAAUAAACUUCUGCGGAGAGGAAUUGAAGGGCUUCAGGAACCAAAUGGCUCUUCCCUCAGAAACAUAGAAAAAUACCUGAGAAGUCAACAUGAUCUUGCAGGUAUUUUCAACAACCCUGUGUUUCAACGGAGAUUACGACUGGGGGCCAAACGUGCUGUAAACAAUGGGAGAUUAUUGAAAGAAGGACCUCAGUAUAGGGUGAACUCUGGUAGUCCAGAAGGCAAAGGAACAUCUAAAUACAGUUCAUUGCCAAUGUCCCUCCCACCUGUGAGUCUUUUGCCUCAUGAAAAAGACCAGCCACGAGCUGAUCCCAUUCCAAUAUGCAGCUUCUGUUUGGGGACAAAAGAAUCAAACCGUGAGAAAAAGCCAGAAGAACUUCUCUCCUGUGCUGACUGUGGCAGCAGUGGACACCCAUCGUGUUUGAAAUUUUGUCUCGAGUUGACAACAAAUGUGAAGGCCUUAAGAUGGCAGUGUAUUGAAUGCAAGACAUGCAGCGCCUGUAGAAUCCAAGGCAAAAAUGCAGAUAAUAUGCUUUUCUGUGAUUCUUGCGAUAGAGGAUUCCACAUGGAGUGCUGUGACCCACCGCUUUCCCGAAUGCCAAAAGGGAUGUGGAUUUGCCAGGUCUGCAGACCAAAGAAAAAAGGAAGAAAGCUGCUUCAUGAGAGAGCAUCGCAGAUAAGGCGGCGAUACACAAAACCUAUUGGACGACCAAAAAAUAAGCUAAAGCAACGAAUGUUGUCUGUACCCAGUGAUGAAGGAUCCAUGAAUGCAUUCCCAGGAAGGGGGUCACCUGGUAGGGGUCAAAAGACUAAAGUCUGUACCACACCUUCAUCUGGUCAUGCUGCAUCUGUGAAGGAUUCAAGCAGCAGAUUGGCUGUUACAGACCCCGCCCGGCCUGGUGCCAUCGCCACCAAAAUCACCACCACCACCUCCACCUACAUACCUGCCUCUACACUUAACGUUAACAAGAAAACCAAAGGGCUUAUUGAUGGCCUUACUAAGUUUUUUACACCGUCACCCGAUGGUCGCAGAUCACGAGGUGAAAUAAUAGACUUUUCAAAGCAUUAUCGUCCAAGGAAAAUGGCCUCUCAGAAACAAUCAUGUGCUUCUCAUGUGUUGGCUACAGGUACCACACAAAAGCUAAAACCUUCUUCACUUCCACCCCCAACCCCCAUCUCUGGUCAGAGCCCCAGUUCACAAAAAUCCAGCACUUCCGUCUCUUCUAAUUCUCCCCAAAGCUCCUCCAGUCAGUCAAGCGCACCAUCCUUUAGCAGCCUUCCCAAUAACAGUCAGCUAAAGGGACUCUUUGAUGGACUUUCUCAUAUUUAUACCACUCAGGGACAGUCUCGAAAAAAGGGGCACCCAAGUUAUGCACCGCCCAAGCGUUUGCGUCGUAAAGCAGCGUUCUCUUCCACAGCCAAGUCUAAUACUACUUUUUAUGGAAAGAAAGAGAUUAGAAGUAGGUUUAUUUCUCAUUCCUCCACCUCUGGAUGGGGUAUGUCUAGAGGACGUGCUUUUAAAGCAAUUGCUCACUUCAAGCAAACGACUUUCCUUAAAAAGCGCAUGAUGCUAGGCAGAUUAAAGUAUAAAGUGACCCCUCAGAUGGGGACCCCCUCACCAGGGAAGGGGAGCUUGGCAGACGGAAGGAUUAAACCUGAUCAGGAUGAUGGUACAGAAAUCAAAAUAAGCAUCAAACAAGAAAACUCAGAUCUAUUUCUGGUGGGAAGCAAGGACAUUGUUACAGAAGAAGAUUUGGAAAUGUUUAAGCAGGCCCAAGAACUUGCAAUGGAGAAGAUCGGUUAUAAAUAUGGUGGAGAAACAAGUGGACGGUACCCUUCUGUGAUAGAGUUUGGGAAAUAUGAGAUCCAGACUUGGUACUCCUCACCUUACCCACAGGAAUAUGCAAGACUAUCAAAGCUUUUUCUGUGUGAAUUCUGUCUAAAAUAUAUGAAAAGUAGAAAUAUUUUGCUAAGGCAUGCCAAGAAGUGUGGCUGGUUUCAUCCUCCAGCCAAUGAAAUCUACAGGAGGAAGGACCUUUCAGUGUUUGAGGUUGAUGGGAAUAUGAGCAAAAUUUACUGCCAAAAUCUUUGCUUAUUAGCAAAGCUCUUUCUGGACCAUAAAACCUUAUAUUAUGAUGUUGAGCCGUUCCUUUUCUAUGUUCUCACAAAGAAUGAUGAGAAAGGGUGCCACUUAAUUGGAUACUUCUCUAAGGAAAAGCUGUGCCAACAGAAGUACAAUGUCUCCUGCAUAAUGAUCAUGCCCCAGUACCAAAGACAAGGAUUUGGGAGGUUUCUCAUCGAUUUCAGUUACUUACUUUCUAGAAGAGAGGGACAAGCAGGAUCACCUGAAAAGCCUCUCUCUGAUCUGGGUCGUGUCUCCUACUUGGCCUAUUGGAAAAGUGUCGUACUGGAAUAUCUUUAUUGCCAUCAUGAGAAACAGAUCAGCAUCAAAGGAAUGAGCCGAGCUACCGGAAUGUGUCCCCAUGACAUUGCCACAACUCUACAGCACCACAGCAUGAUAGACAGGAGAGAAGAAAAAUUUAUAGUAAUUAGAAGGGAGAAACUGAUUUCAAGCCACAUGGAGAAACUGAAAACCAAUCCACGCAUCAAUGAAGUAGAUCCAGAAAGCUUGAGGUGGAAUCCCCCUUUAGUUCCUAAUGCAGCGGUUUCUGAGGAAGAGAGAGAAGCUGAAAAAGAGGCUGAGCGACUGAUGGAACAAGCUAGCUGCUGGGAAAAAGAAGAGCAAGAGCUGUUCUCCACAAGAGCGAAUAGGCAAUUGCCUGCAAAAAUGCAAUCUAAAAACAAGUAUUUGCGGCCUACAGAGAAUGUCACCAUAGUAGCAGAGCGAGGACAAUCCACAGAUCCUCUAAAAGAGAGCAGUGGGGAGGAAGAGGAGGAGGGAGAAGAAGAGGAAGAAGAGGAAGAAGAUAUGGACGGGCAUCAUCAAAAUUCUCCUCCAAGGCUGGCAAAACCCCAGUUGCUUGCUAUCAAGAGAAAGAGACCUUCCAUAUUGAAAAAGAAAAGGGGUCGUAAACGCAGAAAGAUUAAUAGCAGCGUUACAACGGAGACCAUUUCUGAGACCACCGAAGUUCUGAAUGAGCCAUUUGAUAACUCAGAAGAAGAAAAGUCCACGACACAGAUGGAGCCCAUUUGUGAGAUAGAUGGAGAAAACGAUGAAUUAAAGGGUGGCAUUGAAACCGUUUUCCAAUGUCAGUCUGGAGAGAAGGAAGAAAACAAACAAGAGCAAGACGAGCAAGAGAAAGACAAUCACUGUUGCCAAAAUGAUGCUCCAUGCAGAGGUAACGUAGAAGAGGAUGUAGCUAUUCUGGAAGAUAGUGGUAAAGACAAUUCUGAACCUGCACUGUGUAUACAAGGGUGGCCCAAAGGAGUGAAGCAUUGUCCAUCCAAAUGGAGACAAAACAAAGAGAGAAAAACAGGUUUUAAACUUAAUUUGUACACUCCACCAGAGACUCCGAUGGAGCCUGACUAUCAGGCAAUGGGAGAUGAGGUGGUUGAAAACAACACGGACCAAGUUUCUUCUGAUACAGAACAGAGUAAAAACACUGAAACUGUUCUGCCAGAUGAGGAUGAGGCCAGAGAUUUCGUGUAUCUGGAAAUACCCAGAACAGAAAAAGCAGAAAAUGUAAUUGAGGUACAGAAAAACAACAUAGUCAAAGAAGUAAAAAGUGUGACUACUCAAGAUAAAGAUCAGCAAGAUGAAACAGAAAUGGAGAAAGGUAAGCCUGAGAAUUUAGAAGAACUUGAAGAAGAAGAAGAGGAGGAACAAUCGCGUAAUGAGGACCACGAUGCUGAUGAUGAGGAUGAGAGCCACAUGGGUUCAACUGCAGUGGAGACUCAGGAAGCAGGACCAGGAGAAGCUCUCAAAGAAGUACUUGAGAAUCAGGAGUCAUUUUUAGACACCAGUGAACAGAAUGGCAAAUCAGAUCAGGAGGACUUAAUGGACGGUGGGGUUGAUCUUGCCGCUGAGUAUGGCAGUGACCGCAAAGAACUUCCUGCUCUUCUGGAGCCUGUGUCUGAGUCAAGUCAUCAAAACCAAACUGCCAGUAAUGAACUAAAUUCUACAUUCAAGGACACAAUUGUGGAAACUAGGGAGAUUGACUCUGAGACAGCCCAGGCAGUAAAGUCUCUAACACAGGAAACAACAGAACAGGAAGAAGCAUUUCAGGAUUGUGCAGAGACUCAAGAGGCAUGUCUAAGCCUGCAGACUUACACCAACACUGACCAAAGCCCGCAGGUGACCACAUUGGAUGAUUGUCAACAGUCUGAUCACAGUAGUCCUGUCUCAUCUGUCCCAUCUCAUCCCAGCCAAUCAGUUCGUUCUGUUAAUAGUCCAAAUGUGCCUCCAUUAGAAACCACUUAUGCUCAAAUCAGCCCUGAUCCAAAUGCCAUCUCUGUGCCAUCUCUGCAGAACAUGGAAACCAGUCCCAUAAUGGAUGUUCCAUCUGUUUCUGACCAUUCACAGCAGGUUGUUGACAGUGGAUUUAGUGACUUGGGUAGCAUUGAGAGCACAACAGAGAACUAUGAGAACCCGAGCAGCUAUGACUCUACCAUGGGCAACAGCAUCUGUGGAAACAAUUCCUCACAAAACAGCUGUUCAUAUAGCAAUCUAACAUCCAGUAACAUGACACAGAGCAGUUGUGCAGUGACCCAGCAGAUGUCUAACGUAAAUGGAAGCUGCAGCAUGAUGCAGAACACCAGCAUCAACUCUCCCCCUCCGUGCAAUGUGAAAUCUCCUCACGGCUGUGUCAUUGAAAGGCCCCCAAGCAGCAAGCAGCAGCUUCCUCAGUGCAGCAUGGCUGCGAACUUCAGCCCGCCUAUACAGUUAAAUGAAAUAACAGAGACCGGCAAUGCGAACAACAUUGGCUUGUAUGAAAGAAUGGGCCAAAGUGAGUUUGCAGCAGGGCAUUACCCACAACCGUCUGCCACUUUCAGCCUUGCCAAACUGCAGCAGUUAACCAACACACUUAUGGACCAUUCGUUGCCUUACAGUCAUUCAGCUGCCGUUACUUCCUAUGCAAAUAGUGCCUCUUUGUCUACUCCUCUCAGUAGCACAGGACUUGUUCAGCUUUCUCAGUCUCCUCAUUCAGUUCCGGGGGGGACCCAAGUCCAAGCUACAAUGUCUCCACCCCCUAACCUCACUCCUCCUCCCAUGAAUUUGCCACCUCCCCUUCUGCAACGUAACAUAGCCGCAUCCAACAUUGGCCUGUCCCACGCCCAAAGACUGCAGACUCAGAUGCCUGGCAAAGGCCAUGUCUCAGUUAGAACUAAGUCAGCACCUCUGCCACCGACUGCAGCAGCCCACCAGCCACAGAUCUAUGGGCGCACCUCACAGACUGUGGCCAUGCAAGGGCCAGCACGCACCUUAACCAUGCAGCGUGGCAUGAACAUGAGCGUGAACUUAAUGCCAGCUCCAGCUUACAAUGUCAAUUCUGUGAACAUGAAUAUGAAUACUCUUAAUGCUAUGAAUGGGUACAGUAUGUCUCAACCGAUGAUGAAUGGAGGCUAUCAUGCAAAUCAUGGUUAUAUGAAUCAAACUGCCCAGUACCCUAUGCAGAUGCAAAUGGGAAUGAUGGGAAGCCAGCCAUAUGCACAACAGUCAAUGCAGACCACCCCCCACAGCAACAUGAUGUAUACUCCUCCAGCACAUCAUGGCUACAUAAAUACUGGCAUGUCUAAGCAGUCUCUGAAUAGCUCUUAUAUGCGUAGGUAGGACCUUGUGGGAGAGGG